AUGGACCCGCAGGAAAAACUUACUCAAACUAGAAAAGCAGGCCGGUAUAUCUGGAAGAGUCCUAAGGUGGGUCAGAGAGUGUCUCUCAGGAAGGAAUCAAAGGGUUACAGUGAGAACAGAGACAUCAGAAUGGAGAGUGGACUAUCAAGGGGCUACACGGAAAACUACAACUACAACUACGAUGACGCAAGUACGUACCAGGACUACGAGGAGGUGAUAGAGGACGCGCCGAACUUCCUGGCGCGCUCACAGACCUUCAAGGUGGAGGUGGGGCAGUCAGUCAUCAUCCCCUGCGAUGUGGAGAACGCAGGUGUUAACAAGCUCAUUAUUAAGAAAAUUCCUUCCAAUGGCGGGAGGGAGAAGCUGAUAUCUGUGGGGAGUGAGCGGGUGAUCAGAGACUCCCGCAUCGCUGUGGACGGGUCCCGUCUCACCAUCACGGACACCAGGCCCAGAGACGCUGGAACCUUCCUCUGUACCUUCGAAAUGGAGCCGCCUAUUCAGCUUAAGCACACGCUGGAUGUCCAGUUCGCACCCACCAUCAAAGCUCUAGACCCGCCAGAACAGCACGUGCCUAAGGGCUCUACCGUGACGCUGGAGUGCAGAGCUCAGGGGAACCCAGAGCCCGUCAUCCGCUGGUCUCGUCAAGAGAGCCCUCUCCCAUCCAACCUUCCAACUGAGGGCAACACCCUGACGCUGGAGGGCCUGGACCACCACGUAGAAGGUACCUACCUGUGCACGGCCGACAACGGUAUCGGGGAGUCUGCUUCUGCUGCCAUGUCCAUCACCGUGGACUACCCUCCAGAGAUUAUCACAGAGAAGACCAUCGUGAGGACUGGCGAGGGCGACACGGUCGAGCUUGCCUGUAUAGUCAAAGGUCGACCUUCCCCGGAUGUCACUUGGACCAAAGAUGACCAUCCGCUCCCGGACACCGACAUGGACACCAAACUUUAUAUACCAGAACGCCAAAACAAUUCCUUCGACUCGUACACCGCCCACCUGAGACCCGCCCACGCCGCCCAUGCCGGCUACGCCGCCCACACCACCGCCCAUUUCGCCCUCCCCCAUGCCACCCAUCGCCACAUCUUCACCAUAAAGAAUGUUUCCGAGAAAGACUUCGGCGCUUACGUCUGCAUCGCGAGGAACAACUAUGGUCAGAAGGAAGCUGUAAUCCAGAUGACAGGUAUGCCCGAGUCGCCCCAGGUAACCAGUACCCCCACCGGGGGGGAGAGCACCAGGUACACCCUCACCUGGGUGACGGAGAGCUACUACCCCAUCACUGACUUCAUCAUCAAGUACCGCAGGUCACACCUGGGGGCCUGGCAGACCAACCAGACUAUGGUGUUGGCCGGGUCGUGGAAGACAGUGAGCAGGAGUGUGGAGGCUGCCAGAGGGACCCACAACACCACCACCAACACCACCACCACACACUCCAUGGUGUUUACCCUCGACGACCUGGACGUGGCCACGGACUACGUGGCCGUCAUCCUCGUCAGGAACAAGUACGGCUGGUCAGACGAGUCCCCUCACUUCUCCUUCUCUACCAAGAAAGCCAUGGCGGUCCUCCACUCCACCAGCGGGGCGAGACGUGUCUCCACUCUCCCCACCAUCCUCCUCAUCUCCAUCCUCGCCACCAUAUAGAAACAAAUCCACUUUCUCGCCAGAAACGCUGAGAAACAUAACCCCCAGAAGGCCCUGAAAGCUUCCUGAUAUUCCCGGACCUCCUGAACAAUUGGUGUCAAUCCACAGACCGGUGUCCCACGGAAAAAACUCUAACGGAACAGUGAUUCACUUUAUAGU